ACUGUGCUUCCCGGCAUGCCGCGCGCUCCGGGCCCGGCCUCCGGCCUGUCCGGCCGCCCCGCCCCGCGGCCCCGGCCCGCCCCGCCCCGUCCGGUGGGGCUGCGAGCCGCAUGGAGGCCGGCUGAGGAGCGCCGCGCGCCCGGCUCCCUGGUCGGUGCAGAGCCCCCUGCAGCCAUGGAGGAGGAGGAGGAGCGGCCGGCUCAGGAGACCAAUGCGGACUCCGCGGAGACCUCGGCAGCUGCAGAGGUGGCGCCCAGGGUGCCUCCCGGGGAACCCCAGAACCUGUGUUCCUGCUCCCGAGACCACGCGGUGCUGGCCGGCAAGGGGGGGCCGCGCCCUGCCGACGCGGACGCCUUCCACCUGCUGCUGGAGAUGAAGCUGAAGCGGCGGCGGGAGCGGCCCCGGCUGCCGCGCACGGUGACCGAGCUGGUGGCCGAGGACGGGAGCCGUGUGUACGUGGUGGGCACAGCCCACUUCAGCGAUGACAGCAAGAGGGACGUGGUGAAGACCAUCCGCGCGGUGCAGCCGGACGUGGUGGUGGUGGAGCUGUGCCAGUACCGCGUGUCCAUGCUCAAGAUGGACGAGCGCACGCUGCUGCGCGAGGCCAAGGAGCUCAGCCUGGAGAAGCUGCAGCAGGCCGUGCGGCAGAACGGGGUCAUGUCGGGGCUGAUGCAGAUGCUGCUCCUGAAGGUGUCGGCCCACAUCACGGAGCAGCUGGGCAUGGCGCCCGGCGGCGAGUUCCGGGAAGCCUUCAAGGAGGCCAGCAAGGUGCCCUUCUGCAAGUUCCACCUGGGAGACCGGCCCAUCCCCGUCACCUUCAAGAGAGCCAUCGCUGCCCUCUCCUUCUGGCAGAAGGUCAAGCUGGCCUGGGGCCUGUGCUUCCUGUCAGACCCCAUCAGCAAGGACGACGUGGAGCGGUGCAAGCAGAAGGACCUGCUGGAGCAGAUGAUGGCGGAGAUGAUCGGCGAGUUCCCCGACCUGCACCGCACCAUCGUCUCGGAGCGCGACGUGUACCUGACAUACAUGCUGCGGCAGGCCGCCCGGCGCCUCGAGCUGCCCCGCGCCUCCGACGCCGAGCCCCGCCAGUGCGUGCCCUCCGUGGUGGUGGGCGUCGUGGGCAUGGGCCACGUCCCCGGCAUCGAGAAGAACUGGACCACGGACCUCAACAUCCAGGAGAUCAUGACCGUGCCGCCGCCGUCCAUCUCCGGCAGAGUGUCCCGGCUGGCCGUGAAGGCCACCUUCCUGGGCCUGCUGGGCUACGGCCUGUACUGGAUGGGGCGCCGCACCGCCAGCCUGGUCCUGUCGCUGCCCGCCGCCCAGUACUGCCUGCAGCGGGUGUCCUCGGCCCGGCCGGAGCCCUAGGAAGGACCAAGGAGCCACCGCAGCUGAGGGCCGCCUGCCUGCCCCCACCCACCCAGUGAAGGAUCAUUAACUCUGCGGAGGCUUCCCCGCUCCCCGGACGGGUCACGGCUUGUGGGCGUCGGGCCAGGGUGGGCGUGAGCUGCAUCCUGCUCCCUGAGCCAGCGGCGGGCGUGGGGCCCGGCUGCCAGCCCCCUCACGUGCCUUCGCCGGCGCCAGUGGCAGGAGCAGCCGCAGGCUCUGCCCCGGCCGGGAGGCCGGGCACCCACAGCUCUGCGUCGGCUCCGGGGGCGUCGCCCCAGGGGAGCAAGGGGGCCAAACAGGAGCCGGGCGCUCGCCUGCAGAGAUGGUGUGUUUUAGGCUUUUUAAAUUUAUGAAAUUUUUUACUCAGGUAAUUUUAACUUAAAAGAAAACAAACUGAAGCAAAUGUCAGGAAAUUCUCGCCUUAAGUCUGGUUGGGACAGAGGGUGGCUCUUCCCUGGUCUCGGUCCUGAGGGUGAGCAUGGGGCAGGUUCGGCCUGGCCGUGGGCCGGACACCCUCCACCCGGGUGCAGGGUGGGAGCCCGCCGGCUGUGAGGCUGAGCCUGCUCCCUGGGCGUCUGGUGGGGCCGGGUCUCCCGGCCGCCGUGGCAGAUGGUGUGUCCCCAGGGCUUGCCGGUUUGCACGCAUGCCAGCAGGUGCCCCCAUCCCCGCACGCCCACCUCAGUGGUACAGACAGGCUGAGCCGGCCCACCCAGCACCUCCGCCUUCGGCACCACCCGUGUGUCAGUCGAUCCUGUUGUGUUUAUGGCGUCGCGUCCCUGCAGCCGGUCUGGCCGCGCGUGAUUGUGUCGACAGUCAGUGCUGGGUCUGGAGCCUCGGCUGCCCUGUCCUUCCUGUCCUCUCGCUUGUGUGCGUGUUCCUCAGAAACAAAUAAAAGCUAAUUUUUGAA